AUGAAACAAACAGCUGCUCGUGAGCAAUCUCCAGCGGCCUUUGGCCUGCCGAGCUCGACGCCUAGCCAAGUCAAGGUUGAGGCGCGGGCAGCCAAGAUACGGAGCGAAGCGACAUCACCACACCCUCCCGCACCGCUAGUUUCGCCAGCUAGGCAGGUGGCUCGCUAUAAGCCAAUACACGAGAGGUGGCACAAGGAUGGGCAGGAGCUGGUCAGGCUAAGGACACCUUCUACAUCGAGAGACCAGUGCGGAGCCCGACAAGCUUUCAAGCCCGAGGUCCUUGCAGAAGCGCACACGCCGGAGCGCGCUCGAGAGACGGUGCAGACCAAUCGAUUUGGCGCGGUAGACGCUGGUUCUAUGGCCGAACUAGACUUGAUCCAGCGGUCGGGGAAACCGGAAAAGCAGAGGGAGGACCAAGAGGUGGGAGGAUGGCACGCUGGCAAGAACUUGGCGCAGGACGGCACAGGUCAGGGCGCUUAUGGCCCAGCACUGCUAUGGUUGCUUCGCGGGCUCCAUCAGUUGACACGCAGCAUAGCGGGGGCUGCGCCAAACCACCCAACAGGGUGGGACACUGGCGUGAAAGUGCCGCAGCCGAAGGACGCUUUCUGCUCUUCCGUCGCCGCAACAGCCGCGAAAAAGCCGACCGGGAAUCUUGCCCAAAGCGACGGGCAAGAGGGCGGCGGCGAUGAGGCGUUGGUUCGUGGAAAGCAGUGCUCGGCCUGCCCCGCCCCUCCAGUGGACAUAGCACAGGGAGACAGGGUGACAGGCACACCAAAAUCGGACAACUCCCGUCCUAGCGCCUUCGGGUUGUUCUUUCCUCCAGCUUCUCCAAUGUCCACUGUUCACGGCCCCAUGGUGCCAAGGAACCCGUCUGUGCGCUUCCCGCCAGCUGCCAAGCCCAAAAGAGAAUGA